AUGUCUUGUUCCAUAAAUACUUUCUGUUUAAUGGAAGUUAUUUUAGAUGGUACAUGUGGUGUAAGGCCUUGAGUCCUGUCUGGAGCUGAGUUAAGCUCUCUGCGCUCUGUUCUUUUGGAAAACAGUGUCCUUAGUUCUGUUGGGAACAUUCGGAGCGAAUAUGUCUGUGUGCAACGAUCGGGAGUCAAACGCAGAUGAAAUCGAUGAAGAUGAGAUUUUGGCGGGUCUGUCGGCUGAGGAGCUCAAAGAGCUUCAGGAUGAGAUGGAGGAAAUCGCUCCAGAUGAGAGAGUGCCAGUAGGGCUAAGACAGAAAGACACUUCUCAAGUCAAAGAUUCAAGUGAUCCGGAGUCAGAAGAAGAGAUCGACGAGGAUGAGAUUUUGGCGGGCCUGUCGGCUGAGGAGCUCAAGGAGCUUCAGAAAGAGAUGGAGGAGAUCGCUCCAGACGAGAGAGUCCCGGUCGGAAUGAGACAAAAGGACCAGACAGAAAAACCUCCUACUGGAUCAUUUGAUCACAGAUCAUUGGUGGAAUAUCUGUACUGGGAGAAAAAAUCGAAACGUAUGCUGGACGAGGAGAGAGCUCCUGUAACUAUAUUACCCAGCAAGAAGAAAGAAGAAGAAGAACUUGCUGCAAAAGAAGAUCAAGUUAAAGAGGUUGAAUAUGUCCAUGAGAAGACUGCCGAGGAGGUUAAUGGAGAACAGAGAGAUGAUGUUGAAGAACUGAUAGUUAAGAUCGAGGAAGGGGACAAAGAAAGUGAAGUGCCUGUCAAGGUGGAAUUGGAGGUAAACGGUCCCAAAGUGACCUCAGAAGAUGUUAUAGCACCAGCUAAUGAGACCCCAGAUACGAACGUUGAAAUAAAGCCUGAGAGUUCAUCAUGUAAUGAGACUGAAUCUGAAGCCAAUGAGAAGACAGCAGAUUCAGUCCAGUCUGAGCCUGCGCCUGCGCCUUCAUCAUAUGAAAACUGGGUUCCUGAGAAAGAGGAACGGAUCAUAUCUAAGCUAAAAAUCCCCAAACUUGCCCUAGGUGGAAAUAGUCUUGCUAAGAAAACUGCGAGACCUUCUGGGAACGAAACCAAUUUGGAGACAACUUUGGAUAAGAUCCGUAAAAACAACCCUUCCAUCACGGAUGUCAACCUUAACAACAUUGAAAACAUUCCCAAAGAAAUGCUCCAUGAUUACGUCAACGCGCUCAAGAAGAAUCGGCACGUUAAGACCUUCAGCAUUGCGAACACCGGAGCGGAUGAAAACGUGGCAUUUGCACUGGCAAACAUGCUCAGAGAGAACAAAAGCAUCACCACGCUAAACAUCGAAUCAAAUUUCAUAACAGGAAAAGGAAUCGUUGCGAUAAUACGCUGCCUACAAUUCAAUGAAACGCUUACUGAACUUCGCUUCCACAACCAAAGGCACAUGCUCGGUCACCACGCAGAAAUGGAAGUGUCUCGUCUGCUCAAGGCCAACAAUACUCUCCUGAAAAUGGGUUACCACUUUGAGCUCCCAGGACCUCGGAUGGUAGUCACCAAUCUUCUCACGAGAAACUUGGACCGUCAGAGGCAGCAAAGAAUGGAGGAGCAGAAGCUCCAGCAGACGAAAGAGCAAAGAAAGGUCAUAGAGAUGUACGAGAACUCCCUGAACUUACCUCCUGGUAUGCUGGAAAUGUUAGGUGGUUAUAUCCCAAUGGCCCUACUGCAAAGUUCUCAAGAAGCUCAGAAGGUUCCUCAAGGUUCUCCAGAACCUUCCCCACAACCGAGUCCCCCUCAGCAGGUUCGGAAGAUGAAGCAUCCUCAGCCUCAACAGCGUGCUCCCAGCUCGAACUCUGGUAAUCUCUUACAGGAAGUACAGCUAAAAAAGAUUCCUAAACGAAGAAAUCCACUUCUGGAUCUGAACCAUAAGGACGAGAGAAGAGAGGGAAGAGCUAAUGUUCAGCUGAGAAGCGUUUCUAAAAAGAAUCGCGCAGCUUGUGAAAAAUCUGUGGAUGAGACACCCAACCUUAAAGAUAUGAUAAGGACUCUAAAGCCAGUCCCGCGAAGACGAGAACCGCCAAAAGUGGAUCUGACGCCUCGAGAUCAGCUCCUCACUGAGAUUCGGCAGAGCAACGUGGCCUAUCUAAAAGCGGUACCUCUUCCAAAAAUCCUGGAAUCAAGUGAAACGAGUCUCUUCUAACUUCAGACAGACCACACAAGGGACAAAAGAGCGCUUAAUGUAGCCAAACAAUUCCAUGAUGCUCCUAAACUAAUGGAGAAAGUAAAGUGUAUGUACAGUAUUUGAAUGUUUUACCCAAGCCUAUGGGAAUGGAGGGUCAAGUGGUCUUGCUUAAAGAAUGAUGUUAAUCACUGCUUUAGAUGAUGUGAAUGUUGAAACUGCCGGGUGCAUGCAGUUUAUGUAUUUUGUGUCUGAGUUUAAGUGUUUAUAGUGAUAAUAAACCUCACAUGAAAAUUAA